AUGACGAAGUCAGAGCAGAAGAAGGCCGUGCAGUUCACUCGCAUGUGCAAGUUCUGGCGGACGAACGAGUGCAAGAUGGGGGCAGACUGCACUUUCGCCCACGCUUCGUCGGAGUUGCGGCCGAGCCCAAAGCCAUGCUUCGAGUUCUCCAAGACCGGCUCUUGCAAACGUGGACGGGCAUGCAGAUUCGUUCAUUCCGCGGAUGGAGUGAAGAGCAGGAACGCCAAGGAUCCUCCAGCUCAGGCAAGCAGCGAAGCUUGUUCUACUGAGCCGCUCAUUCGGCCAGUGGGCCCGUCGGAAGUCAUACAGUGCACCAGUGCAAGUGUGACAGGUGGAGAACUUUUCGACAUGCCACGACUCGGCCAGCUUUUUCCGCCAAGGGAAUCCGAUUUUAUGUCGGGGCCGAGUCCGCAGGGGCUGCUGCAGAACCUCAACAGCCUCGGCAUGCGAGACAUUGAAGCAUUUGCACGUGAGGCCCGUAUUGCCCGGAGAUCCCAGAAUCCGACAUUUUCUGAUCUUCGCCAGACGGCUGCAGAGAUGAGAUCCAGCCUGAGCGAAAGUCCUGAAGUUUUGGCUGUGGAGCCUCGGUUCCCACUGCCUUCGCCAUCCCUGGGGAGCUCGCAGCCUUCACACCUUCGGCAUCUUCCAACCGAUGCUUCGCGGCCCUCCAACCGAAAGUCGUUCUGGCUUUGA